AUGGCUCCAUGGGAGAAGUAUUUAAAGUCAAUAUAUUUUGACCCAAAACACCCAGCCUCAUUUGCUGGGCCACAAAAACUGUACAAAGUGGUCAAAAAUGAAGGGAAAUUUAAUAUGGGAAUGCACAGAAUACGCAAAUUCUUGCAUAAUCAGGAAUCUUAUUGUUUACACAAACCGGUUAGGAGACGUUUCCCACGAAAUCAUGUUGUUAGUGCGGGUAAAGACGAUUUAUGGAUGGCUGACUUGAUCGGUACGGUGAAAUUUGCUGAUUGGAACCAGGGUUUCAAAUACAUUUUAUUGGUGAUUGAUACAUUUCCCAAGUAUGUGUGGUUAAAGCCGUUAAAACACAAAACUGGGGAAGAAGUAGCUCAAGCCUUUCAGAAAAUCUUUACAUCUUCAAACCGUUCUCCGACCAAAUUAUUGACCGACAAAGGUAUGAAUUAUUUGUCAAGUGUUAUUUUACUACAACAUGUAUACGACUGUUUUGACAGCUACUACACAUUCCUCUAUUUAUUUUCAGGUCAAGAAUUUAAAGCCAGGAAAGUCCAAGAUAUAAUGAAAAAGAAAGGAAUCCAUUACUAUCCCACUCAAAAUGAAACGAAGGCCUCCACAUCUGAAAGGGCGAUUUUGAGUAUAAAAACUAGACUCAUGCGCUACUUGUACAAAGAAACCAGUACAUUUUUAUCCAUAUUACAGGACAUCGCCGACAGCUAUAACCAUACCUAUCAUAGAACUAUUGGAAUGAGAACCGCAUAUGUCAAAGACAGUAAUCAAGAAGAAGUACGAAUAUCAACCUACAUGGCUCAAAACCCUAGAAACAACAAAUCGAAUAUAAAUCUCAAACGCUUCAAAUUUAAAUUAGGAGAUUAUGUGCGUAUCAGCCAUCUAAAAACUAUAUUUACUAGGGCAUACCAUCAAACGUUCUCAGGCGCAUUGUUUAAAGUGUAUAAACGUUAUCACAGAGGUACAUUGCCUAUCUAUCGUCUUCAAGACAUGCAUCAAGAAGAAAUCAAAGGCACAUUCUAUGAAAGCGAGUUACAGCAAGUGGACAUUGAUCCUAAUCAAACAUGGAAAAUAGAGAAAAUAUUAAAAACCCGAGGAAAAGGACGAAUUAAACAACUCUACGUCAAAUGGAAAAGUUUCCCGCCUAAAUUUAACAGUUGGAUAAAAGCUUCGGACUUAAAUUAA